AUGAGUUACGUGUGGACUGUUAAGAAAAUGGGAGUGAGGGUGGCAGCAGGAGCAAAGAGUCUGCAGAAAGUUAAUGCUUUUGAGGUUCCUAAUACAUUAAGAGCAUCUAAUAGGGUCCACUGGCAUCAGGGAGAUGACAUGGAGUAUUGCCCAGAUUCAGCAGAGCCCAGUGUACAUCGUGAUUUAAAAAAACCCAUGACGUUCCUUCCUCCACCAAAGGAAUUUGGCACCCAGCACAGGCAAUAUGAUUACGUCCCAGCAAUAGGGGACAGCAGCAGUGUUUCCCUCCAGAAGUUCCAGCAGAAGGCUCUGAAGCAAACUAAGCAGAAGAAAUCCAAGUCGGCUGAAUUUCUGAUGGUAAAAGAAGAGAGAGCAGCAACAGAAGGCAUUGAAAAUCCAGCUUUUAACAUCAGCAGCACAGAUCUUUCAGCAUAUCAGACUUCAGAAGAGAAAGUUAUUAGACAUGACAAGCUAGAUAGCACCCUUGCAGCUCACCAACAAAAACUCAGGCUGCAAGCCCAUGCUGAACCAAGAGGAAAUGAAUACAGCAGAAAUUACUUUGACCCAGUGAUGGAUGAGGAAAUAAACCCAAGGCAGAGUGGGAUGGAGGUCAGUGGAGAAGGUGAGGCAGAAUUAAUGCCUAUGAAUUUAGAUGAGAAAAUUCUCUAUGGUGAACUGAUGAAACUUCUAGAUGAAGAGAAUAAAAUGGUGGAAUAUCAAGCAGCUCAUGUCAUCUGUGAAGAUUUCUCAGAUUCAGUAAGGCCUGUCAGCUUCACUAAGACACUUGACCUUCGCAAGGAGGUUGAAGAUGAAGGGAUUUCUCCGUAUAUUGAACAGUUUGAGAAAGAUGUUCAGGAUGACAUAAUUCUGCUUGGCAGCUUUGCACUGGAACAGGUCAGAGUUAAGAACUUUAUAGAGUGUUCAAGUGCACAUGUCUGUGUACUUGAAACAGAAGAAGAUGUGAAGGUCGAUAUAAGAGGAAAUGGUUGGAUAAAGGAACAGUGCAAUAUGCUGUUAGAUGACAAUGGUUUGCAUACCAUGCUCUCAUGGCAGAGUGACUUUUCCAGCCUGUUGUAUAAGGGCAAAAUGACUCCAAGCCUUCCACCUCAGUUCUGGAGAGUUGCAGAACCGCUUGAAGAAACGAGUGCUCAUGACUUAAAAGUUCAAAAGGAAGUUCUUCAUCACAACAAACAGAUGUUGCACACCAGAUUCCAUAAACCCUUUCAGAGAAUAGAAAGUCAGGCAUUGCAAGUAGCACAGAAUGCCCGCAAACAUGAAAUUGUAGCCAAGUUUGGUAACCUCGCAGAAGUGAAUAAUGAAUCAAAUGGAGCAGCAGGACUUUGCUGGAAGGUUGACCGGUACAAAACACCUCAGCCCAUUCAAAUCCAAUUAAGAUGCCUACGAGGGGCCAAAGACAAAGUGCCCAAGGGCCGCUACACCCUCAAGGUUUCUUUGCUCAGUCGUCUAGGGGGUAGUGUACUUAAGUGGUCCGAACUGAAGGAACAACAGUGGGCUGGAAUGACAUUGCCUAUCAGCCAUGAUGGAAACUUCUAUGAUGUGGAAAUUUGUUUCGACCAAAGUGUCUAUACCGUUCUGCCUGCUAGAAAGGAGGUGAAACCAGGCAUGAUACUCCUCUUUGAACUCUUUCUUCUUCAUGAGACCAAUACUUACAUCGACCGUGUUGUAGGAUGGGGCGCUUUUCCUUUAUGUGAUAAUAAUUUCAACACUUUACAGGGGAAGUUUAAAUGCCCUUUUCUCAGAGGCCAUUAUGAUUCAAAAAUUGACCGCUUCAAAAAAAUUGAAAAUUUGAUUUCAUUGGAUUUAGACCACUGGUUGUGCAACCUCUAUUUUCAGAUUAUUAAACUACCAUGGUAUUCAGAUGAGCAGAAGACAUACGAGACAUGUCUCCAGCUCUCACCUGAAUUUCUUGCUUAUUCAAACAUUACUGAGAAGAAUGGAGAUUCAGACAAGAUAAAAAUAUCUGGACCACAAGAUGAUGGAUUCAGAAGUUCAUGUCUACAUCCAGGCACUCACGCAAAAUGCUCCUUAGCAUCUUUUCAAGGGCAACCUUUGACCUCUUGGAGAGAUCCUGACACCCAUAAGGGAAGUAUUCCCACUGUUGUAAAGGAAGUGGGAAAGCAGUUUAAUGCUGUGAAAGGAAGGGAAGAGUGUGUGUCAAAAGAAACUGGGAGGAAAAGAGAAGAGAAGAGUUUAAAAUGUUUCCAGCAGGCAGAGGAGGCAAUGGAUGAGUUUAAAUUAAAAGUGAAGGAUCAAAAGAAGCCUCAACAAAAAGAAAGUUAUCCUUGUCAAGUUAUCUCAAGUGGUUCACAUAAAUAUUAUGAUUUGGUCCCAGUGAAAGAAGACCAAGGUAUCUCUUACAAGAUGAAUCAAAGUGAUCCAAUUGACCAACAGUGUCAAGGCAAAUCAAGUCCUGGAACCAGUGUAGCUGCAGGAGAAGGGGAAGCAUCUUCACCGAAUACUUCUUAUCUGGACGAAUUAGAGAAGUAUAGAUUCUCUGUGUGUUGCCAUUCUGCCGUUGAAGUGAGAGUGUCCAGAAGAAUCAUUGAGCAUUUCCAUUUCGGGGUGUAUGGAGUCUUUUCAGAACUGGGAUUGGCGCAAUGGCGUUCUUGGGACUUCUGGUUCAUUAUUCUGCUGGUAGUUUUACUCUGGUUUGUGCGGCUUUAUCUGCAUUAUUGUAGUCAAUGGCUCGUUCUUCAAGCCAUCUCAGUUCCUGUUGCAAAGUUCCAGCUCUUCCCUCACACUGUGGAACUCUGCUAUCAGAAUUCUUUGCUGCUUACCAGAGAAGAGUUGGCCAUGGUUGUGGUGGGACCUCUAACCUUGAACGCAGUGAUGCUUCUUAUGGUUCUGAUCAGAUGGGGCUGUCAGCAACUGUUUGACUCAUUCCCUUCCUUCUUGUCAAAGUUUAUCAUGGCUAUGGGACUCUGGACAGUGCUAGACCCCUUGGCAGUGUUUGUAGUGGAUGCAUUCCUGGGGCGACUUACCUAUAGAGCAGAGAAGCCCAUUGCUGAUGCUGCAAAGCUCUACUGGCUCUUCUCAAGAACAGAGCAAUCGGGAAUUCCUGGCGCACUGAUUACUAUGAUGCUUUACACAAUUUUGUUCAUUAUUUCAUCUACAGUAUUGUCCCUCUACUUUCUAAGGCUGCACAAUGAAGGUUGGUUAUUAGAUGUAUUUAAACGCACUCACAGUGAUGAAGGCACAUUCUUCGUUCCAUUAGACCUAGAAAUCUCUAAUCAGGAAUUGAGCUACAUCAUGAAAAAGGCUGAACAAUGGAGAGGCAUCAAUGGUGAAAGACGAAAGAUGCCAAUGAGCAUCUUUCCAAGAUCUGAAUUCACCACAUUCGGAGAGACAAAACUAGAAAGGCCAUUUGCACUCAUGCCAUCUGCAGACUCCCAGUAA